AUGGACCGCAACCCGUCUCCUCCGUUGCUGACUAGGGAGGAGGAAGAGGAUGAGAAGGUGGCUAGAGGAGACUGCAUAGGGAGCACGGUCUACAGCAAGCACUGGCUUUUCGGCGUCCUCAGCGGUCUCAUCCAGCUUGUUAACCCUGAAAACACCAAAUCCAGCUCAGAUGAUGAGGAGCCGCAGAUGGAGCUUGAUGAAGAAAUGGAGAAUGAGAUUUGCAGAGUAUGGGAUAUGUCAAUGGAUGAGGAUGUGGCUUUAUUUCUCCAAGAGUUUAAUGUUCCUGACAUAUUUAUGGGAGUAUUGACCAAAUCUAAGUGUCCUCGAUUAAGAGAAAUCUGUGUGGGAAUUUUAGGCAACAUGGCCUGUUUCCCGGAGAUAUGUGUGUCCAUCAGCAGUAAUAAAAACCUUGCACAGGUAUUAUUGCACUGUUUGUAUGAUUCAGACCCUCCUACCCUGCUGGAAAUAAGCAGGUUGCUGCUUACUUGCCUUUCCCAAACAGAAGUGGCCACUGUCUGGAUUGAAACUAUCCGGGACUAUCCAGCUAUUUAUGAUAGCAUUUGUUUCAUCAUGUCAAGUUCAACAAAUGUUGACUUGCUGGUGAAGAUAGGUGAGUUUGUAGAUAAGCUCUUUGAUUUGGAUGAGAAACUAAUGUUGGAAUGGAUUAGAAAUGGGACAAUUCAGCCUGUGGACCAGCCCCAGACAGAUUCUGAAGAGCGAAAAGCAUUUCAGUUUGUGCGCUGUGUACUUGAAGCUGCCAAACAAGUACGUUCUGAAAACCUAGACGGACUCGAUGUUUACAUGCAUAUCUUUCAGCUACUUACCACAGUGGAUGAUGGAAUUCAAGCAAUUGUGCAGUGUCCUGACACUGGAAAAGACAUUUGGGAUUUCCUUUUUGACCUGGUCUGCCAUGAAUUUUGCCAGUCUGGUGACCCACCCAUCAUCCUUCAUGAACAGAAAACUGUGCUAGCCUCUGUUUUCUCAGUGUUGUCUGCCCUCUAUGCUUCACAGGCCGAACAGGAGUUUCUAAAGAUAGGAAAAGUUGAUCUUCCUCUAAUUGACACCCUGACUCGGGUCUUACAAAUUAUGGAACGUUACUUGAAGAAACCAAAGAACUCAGCAGAGUCUAACUCUGAUGAAACUAAGAAGUCUGACUUCAUGGGAGAUGACUUACACUUGAAAAUCUUAAAGGAUAUUUCGUGUGAAUUUCUUUCUACUGUUUUACAGGCAUUAACAAAGGAGACUGUGGCUCAGGCACUAAAGGAGGGCCAUUUAAGCAAACAGAAGUGUUCCUGUGCAUUUCAAAACCUUCUUCCUUUGUACAGCCUUGUGGUGAAAGACUUUCUUAAAAUCCUACAUGAUGUUGAUGAGACGCUUGCUGAUGACCUGGAGAAAAGCUUCCCAAGUUUGAAGGUUUAG